CAUGGCACUCAACCCCUACGCGGAACUAUAUGAGGAAGCGGCAGACAAAAACAAAAGAUGGUCGUGCUACUACGGGGUUAAAACGUCAAUGCGGGUGUUGUGGGUGACUCACAAGAAAAAUGUCACUCAAGGAGGGUGGAGAGAGUAAAAAUGGUCAACUUGUGGCGUCACCUGAAAGAAUGGCCACAGACAAAACCAGAGAAAACCAGAACCCACGGGGAGUUGAGGUACCGGGCAGCAACGCAGACACCAGCACGGCAGCUAAAAACCUGGCUUUGCUUAAAGCACACUCUCUAGAUGUGAAGUUUGAUGUCGGAGAGGAGUAUGACAUCAUAGAAACCAUUGGCACCGGGGCCUAUGGUGUUGUUUCCUCUGCCAGGAGGAGGGACAAUGGCCAGCAGGUGGCAAUAAAGAAAAUCUCCAACGCUUUUGAAGUGGUGACAAAUGCCAAACGCACACUGAGAGAACUGAAGAUUCUUAAACACUUUAAACAUGACAACAUUAUCGCCAUCAAAGACAUCCUGCAGCCAAACCUCCCUCAUUCUGCCUUCAAGUCUGUGUAUGUGGUGUUGGACCUCAUGGAGAGUGACCUGCACCAGAUUAUCCAUUCUGCCCAGACGCUGACACCAGAGCACACACGCUACUUUCUGUACCAGCUCCUUCGUGGCCUUAAGUAUGUGCACUCUGCCAACGUCAUCCACCGUGACCUCAAACCUUCCAACUUGCUGGUGAACGAAAACUGUGAACUAAAAAUCGGUGACUUCGGCAUGGCAAGGGGUCUCAGUUCACACCCUGAGGAGUCUCAUUCCUUCAUGACUGAAUAUGUGGCGACUCGAUGGUACCGUGCUCCUGAACUCCUGCUGUCUCUGAAUCACUAUAGCUUGGCCAUUGACUUGUGGUCUGUGGGCUGCAUCUUUGCUGAGAUGUUGGGCCGUAAGCAGCUGUUUCCUGGAAAGCACUAUGUACACCAGCUCCAGCUUAUUUUGAAUGUGUUAGGCACUCCUCCCGAGGGUCUAAUUGGUGCUAGUAGGGCUGACAGGGUCCGCGCAUAUGUUCAGAGUCUUCCAUCACGAUCGCCCAUACCUUUGGCCAAACUAUAUCCACAAGCUGAACCGGAAGCAUUAGACCUGCUGGCGGCCAUGCUGCGCUUUGACCCUCGCCAGCGAAUAAGCGUGACAGAAGCUCUGGAGCAUCCUUACCUGGCUAAAUACCAUGACCCAGAUGACGAGCCAAUUUGCGUGCCAGCUUUUGACUUUGAGUUUGACAAGCUUCAGUUGAACAAGGAACAAAUUAAAGAGGCAAUUCUGAUGGAGAUCCAGGACUUUCACAGAAACAAACAAAGCUCUCGUCAGAGGCUGCAGUUCAGGCCUUUGGUGAGGGUGAAAGGUGGAGCUGCAGCACAAAGCAGUAACCACUGCAGUGCUCAGCCUGCAACUGUCAACCUGAACGAAUCAUCAGUGGUUCCCUUGGCGCAGCACCCACAAGCAGCACAGCAAAUGAGAGAGGUGAAAUCUCAGCGGCAACAAGACCACACACCAGCAGAAGGGAGCCACGCAUUUACAAAUCACAUGACGACCUUCAGUAAGCCUGCAUCCGCUUUAGAAGUCGCCCCACCCCAUGUGAAUCACAAUUUACCUCUCCUCUCUAAAAGUGAAAGUGGCCCGGUUGACGUGGACAUGCCAAGUGCCAACUCGGAGAACGGUCAGCCAGAGACUAUAGAUUUAACAACACCGGUGUCUAGUCAGGACGCUCCACCAGAGACGAUGAGAGACAGCGAGACACAAGGGCAGCUAGCAAGCAGUCAGGGUCCUCUAGCUCAAAACACCCAGAGCCAGAGCAUGGCCCAGCCUGCAAACUCCAUUCCUACAAAGCCAGCACAGGCAAUGACAACACUCCCCACCACUGUGCCUUCCCUCUCUCUCUCUGCAGCACAGGCCCAGUCACUUUCUCAAUCCCUUUCACAGUCCCUGUCCAAGAACGCCAGACCUGCUUCAUGUGCAGUAGAGGGAACCAGAAAAGAAGGUGCUAUUUCAGAAGACACUAAAGCUGCACUUAAAGCAGCGUUAUUGAAAUCAGCUCUCAGAAAUAGAGCCAGGGGUGAUGGAAGCACCUCGGCUCUGGGCACCGACACAGGCGCAGGAGGAGUUGCGCCGUCCUCCCUGUCUUCUGUUCCGGAGUCGCGUCGGCCUGUCACAGCCCAGGAGCGUCAACGAGAAAGAGAGGAGAAAAGAAGGAAGAGGCAGGAGCGCGCGCGCGAGAGGGAGAGGAAAAUGAGAGAAAAAGAAAAAAGAGAGGGAAAACAAGGGGAUGUGCAAAGAAUAAGGACUGCAAUGUACAGAGAGGUGUAGUUAUGGAUGACAACACUCAAGGAGCACUGAACAACAAAACAGAUAAGGAAGCGAGGAAGGUUCAGUCCCAUGAACAGUUAAUGUCUCAAGUUAAACCUAACCAGCCGGACUUGUUUCAGGCUCCCAGCACCCAGCAACCAUCGUUAGUUUUCUCCAUGAGCCAGACGAAGCCUCCAGCAGAUAUAGUUGUCGCUGUAAGCGGAGGCAUAGAUAUAAUGACUGUCACUAGUGGCUUUGUUAAAAACGACACACUCAAACCUCACAGUGAGAGCAAUGGGCAGAGUGGAUUCAACUGUUUGGGGAAUUGGAAUGGGCAGCAAUUAGAGGCGAGGGCGCAGCCAGACAGGACAUCACAGCCGCUGCCGUCGAGCUUUCUCCAGCCACAGCUCCAGCCUCAGAAUCAAACCCAGCUCGACCCUCAACCUCAGUCACAGCUGCUCGCCCUGGAGGGUUUUUUGUCGAAAGCUCCACCACUGAGCACCAGAGAUACAAACAGGAAUGUGGAUAUCAGGGGGCAGAAUAAUCACAACUCCCACCACAACUCGCUGACUGCAAGUGCUGGACAAAUGGAGAAGAUCUGUCCCUCUGUAGGAGAGAAAACUGCACCACAGACCACAAAUCCUCUCUGUGGGUCUUUAGGAGUCCCCUCUCAGCCAAAGUCCAGCUUGGGGUUCACAGAUACUGGACAGCAAGGACCUUCCAUUGCCCCUGACAUUCAUAUGGUGACACUGCAGCUCUCAAAGUCCCAGGUGUGCAUUCUUAUUUUACUGUAGCCUUUCCCCGCACAGAGUGCAUUUUGCUACAAAGAAGUUACACCGAUGUUUUUUUCCCCUUAAAAAUGUU